AUGAAGGCCGUAUCGAUAAGGCAGCUAAGCGCCAUAAUAAUUUUGGAUAACUGUGGAAAGCGAAUUGCAGUAAAGUAUUACAACGAUCAGUUCCCACCGAAGGGAGAAAACAAAUUAGUCUACAAGAGCAGCUCAAGCAAAGAUGGGAUAAGCGCCCCGUUCGAAAACACGUAUAAUAAUUUACGCACAGUGGAGGACCAAAAAUUAUUUGAAAAUGAUAUAACGGAGAAAGCUAGGAAGUUGGGUGGGGAUUCCAGCGAAACGGAAGUGUUAGUCCUGAAUAAAUUUACCAUCCUCUAUCUGCUAAUAAAUGACGUAAGCAUCUACAUCGUAGGAGACGAAAGUGACAACGAAAUUAUUCUUCAUGAAGUUAUGCAGACGGUGCAGCAGUGCCUAGACAAUGUUACAAAUAAUCAGAUCGGGAAGAAGCAACUCCUCGACAAGCUGGAUUCUAUCUAUUUAAUUCUGGACGAAAUUGCCGAUAGCGGCAUUAUUAUGGAGACCAACCCAAACGUUAUUAUAAACCGGUUGUAUAUGCACGAGAGCGACUUGCAGGAACAUACGCCACUUAACCAGGCCAUCUCCUCGGCGAAAGAGAACAUAAUUCGCAGUUUGCUCAGCGGCACGUAG